AUGGCACACUCGUACUUGGAGUACGCGCGACUUAAGGCGAUCAUAACGGCUCUCCGAUUCUUUGAUGGAGAAAAGCCAGCAACACCAAGCCCGGACGACUCUUUCAAGUACGUUUCCCGUGAUAGCAAACGCGAGUUAAAGGUCAAUGUUUACCGCUCCAAGAUUGCUUCCAACCCAACCCCAGUCCUGGUGAACUGGAACGGUGGCGCAUUCGUGUUUGAUGGCCACGGCUCCGACGAGCCAUUCUGCCGACACAUCGCCGAUAAAACGGCGUACGCCGUACUCGACGCUAGCUACGCGUUGGCGCCGGAGUACCCGUUCCCCUCAGCGCUAGAGGACGUGGAAGAUCUGGUAUUGAAGGUCUUUGAGCAGCCGGCCGAGUACGACGUGAGAAACGUUGUUCUCUCUGGAUUCAGCUCGGGCGGAAAUCUCGCGCUUGCCGCAGCUGCCAAUCUGAAAAAGGAAGCCAAGCUGGGAAUCAACUCUGUCCGAGGAGUCUCAGUCUUCUACCCGCCUACUAACAUGGCGAUUCCUCCCGCCGAAAAAAGGCAUUUGGACGGAUCUCUACCUGAUAUCCCCGCACUGCUCGGAGUCCUCAUGAACACUUUUAGGUCUGCGUAUCUGCCGCCUGGAGUAGACCCCGUCGACCCCCGCAUCUCCGUCCUCGAAGCGGAUCCGGUUGCGUUCCCCGAGAAUAUUCUGAUCAUCGCUGCCGAGAAGGAUAGACUUGCACCGGAAGCCCGAGAACUGGCUGGCAAAUUGGAGCAUGCUGGUAAGAAUGUUUUAUUUAAGAUUUUCGACGGCGUUAGGCAUGGUUGGGAUAAGACGAAGGAUGAAGCUUCCAACGAAGCGAGAGUGCGAGAUGAAGCUUACAGCUUAGUGGUCAACUUCUUGUCGUCGAUGGUGGGCGUUGAAGAUCCUGAUAAAAGAACAUAA